GGCGAGCAGUAUGGCGACAUGUCGCUUCGUGCGUAAACAGUGAGUGUAGGCACUUGUCUCAUCGUGGCGGGAUAAAUAUUGUCUGACUGGCUAAAGUGUUCUUCUACACGUCGUUCAAGAUCGUACAGCUUACAGGACGUCUCAUUUAAAGAGCAGAAACAGUGCUAUUUCUUCACAGUGAGCAUUUGACAGAUUAUCACCUUUGCUUGCCGUUUACAGUUAUGUGUUAGCUUAUCAAUGAGAAAGGACAGAGCUUUGUGACUCGUGGAAAAGGCGUGAAUAUUCUAUUGCGACUGAGAGGAGACGAAAUGAGCGGGUCUGCAGUGCCCUGGCGUGGAAAAUUCCGACUGAUACCGUGUUAGCUGAACCGUAGCGAGAAGAUUUGGAUUAUGUGGAGUGUUAAGACCAGCAAGACGAAGAAUUCUCAAGGAUGAGCCGUGGGUACUACGUACCCUGUGCGCCGUUCCUCUACUUGGUUCCGGACAGCGGGGGCAUGGACUGCAUGCCGCUCCAGCCGGCGCAUGCGCACCAACCGCAUCGGCCGCCGGGGCCAUUCCAGUACCUCAUGCACGAGCAGGCCAAGUCGCUCGUCGCACUACAGGAGCUGCAGAAUGAGGUGGGCGCGCUGCUGGAGUUCCGGGACCUGGUCAUGGAGACGUUCCCGCACCUGCGGCAGAAGCUGGCGGCCAGCGAGCGCGGCGGCUCCUCGUCGUCGUGCUGCACCAGCACCGCCUCCUCCACGGCGGCCACGCUGCCGCCGGCGCACCUCCACCAGCUGCACCACGCCGCCGCCUCCGCCUCCAACGCCGCCUCCGCCAGCCCCUCCGGCGCCGCCUCCCGGCACCGCCCGCCGGCUGCAGACUGGGAACCGGGCGUGCGCGUGCGUCGCAAGCUGCUGCACGGCGCCGCGCACCACAAGGAGAUCACAGGAGGCAGCGACGGAGCGUCGAGCGGCGCGACGCAUCGGAAGCAGCCCAAGAGCGGCGACGGCAGCGGCACGAGCAGUGCGGGCAGCAGCGCCGUACAGGACUCUGGCUUCGGCACCGAGACCUCCUCCAGCAAGGCCGCCUCCGCAACCACCGUGCUCCCUCCCGCUCACCACCACCAGGCCAGCUCGUCGUCGGUGGUGGUGGACGAGGCGGAGGACGAGCUCUGGAACCUGCUGGACGUGAUCCAGCGCAAGGGCACGCGCCUGCGCGACGAGGUGGCGCAGCUGCAGCAGCGCCUCGCGGGCUCCGCCGCCCCCGCGCCUUCCGCCCCCGCGCCUUCUGCCCCCGCCGCCGAGCAGCCACAGCAGCAGGUGCGGCCGCCCCCGCCACCGACCCCUCGUCCGCGGAGGCCGCUGGGCGCUCUGGAUGCGAUCCUCAGCGCGCCCUCCACGGUCCCCAGGGCGCGCCCCGACGCGCGCAAGGUGGCCGCCAUCCUGCGAGAGCUGGACCCCGUGGAGCUGCAGAGGCACCUGCUCACCACCACCGCGCACAACCAGGCUUUGCAGAAUCGACUAGAGAAGACAGCAAAGCUGCACACUAGUCUCCUGGAGCAGCUGGAUAAAGUGAAAGAUGAAAAUGAUGAUCUACGAUUUCAGCUUGCAGAAAAGAGUAUAGAGCUGGAGGGAACCAAGGCACGCAUGCGAGUAUUACAGCAACGGCAAGGCAAGGCAGCUGAAACAAACACUGCAGCAGUGUCAACAGAAACAGAUGAUGAGCAGCCUCCUCUACUUCCCCCAGAGGAAACGUGCAAUCCAAUCCUGCCUCUACUAGCAUUGCCAGUAGCUGGUUCAGAUGACCACAACCACCAGCACCACAGCAGUAGUACUGAGUCAGCACACGAUCACACUGAACAGCGCCGUGUGCAGUCAUCUAAUUCUCCCCGUCGCAGGCCUAGCAAGAUACCUUUACUGGGAACUAAAUCAUACUGUGCACCCAGACCGCCAUCUGGGAAGACAGGUGCUAUCACGGCAGCACAUUCUAAUAAGAGCAGAGAUUCUCUGUCAGCUAAAUCUGGCCGGGAAACUUCAUGGAAAAGCAAGGCUGAUGGUGCCUCUCUGAGUGGAAGCAAGAGCAGAGAACCUAUUUCUGUGGUUAGGAACUCUUCUCUUUCAGCGAGAAACAAUAGUAGAGAAUCACUAAAUGGUAGUAAAUCUAGAGAUUCCAUUCUGAGCAAAUCUCGUAGUGACUCAGUAAAUGGGCGAAAAGUAUCGGCCGUGGAAGUGACAAUGGUUUCUACUAGGUCGAGAGAUGGUCAUAGUCAAAAUAGUUUCUCAUCAAAUGCAUCUAAUACUAAUAAGCGAGAUUCUCUUUCUGGAAAAAGCAGAGAAGCUUCUUUCUCAUCAUCCAGUGGUUGGAAAGGAACUCAGCAUCCAGUGAGGAGGGCCAGUAGUGCAAGCAUCACAAGAGGCAACGUGAUUGAUCAAGCUGAUCGUAACUCUAAGGUUUUAACAGCAUCUGAUAGUCUAGAGCCAAAACAGUGUUCUUCCGCAACAGGAGAGACACAUGGCAGUCACCAUGAUGAUCAUCAUGAUGCAGAUUCAUUUUCGGAUUCCCUCAACCAUUUUCCUGACCAAGAAGUGGAACUUUCACCAAAAACAAGUGAUGAGAUUGAUUUCAAAAGUUUGACAUCUCAACUUAACUUACAAAGCCAAGAUGUAAACAGUGACAGUAACAUUAUUGUUGAUGGCAACUCCUCCUCCUCUGAAUUUUUUGACAGUAUCAAUGACUCUGAAAGUGUGUUGAAUAAUGAAAUUGUAUCUAGCAAAAAUGUACACGUCCAAGACCAUCACCUGCAUACUUCAUCACGAUGUGAAGGAUUGACAGAGUGUGAUUCAUUGGAGAACAGGGCACCUGAAAUGAUGAUAGAAGCAUUUCAUACACCAACAAAAUUUUUGUCAAAAGUAAUUUCUACACGAAACUUUUGUAUCACACCAGGAGGUCAACAUACUGAAUACUGAAAUUAAUUUGAAUUGUUUUCCUUUCUGAUCUUCUAAUGGUGAGACACUGUUUCAUUCUAUUUACAACCAUGAACUACUGUGUGAAAAGACAUUAACAGUUAAUGUGCAGCAUAUGUCUAUUACAAAUGAAAUUUUAACCACAGAUUAGUAGGAAUAUGGUGGUUAAGAAUGCUGUUUGCAUGAUAGAAUGCUGAAAGUAUGUGGGGAUGCCAUCUCUAAUUAGUACUGCUUAUGGUUACUUAUGUAAAAUUUUCUAAAAAUACAUCUGUUGUAUUUAUGGAAUGGAUGUUCUGAAUUGGAUGUUAGUAAUUUGGUGACAUAAUAUGGUGCUCUUUUGUAAUCAAUAUUUUAAUGGAGCAUUUAAUUGCAUUUGCUGGUGUUUAGACUUUGCUUUUGUAAGAUAAUUUCCAAAUCUUUGAUGUAGUUUGACUUUUGGCUUUUGUUAUGAAACCAAGCAAAGCAUAAGCUUUUUGCCUUUGCUGACUGUAGUUAUCCUAAAAAGAAUCUUCACACUUUUUUGUCUUAAGUGAGAUGAAGAAUAGGCCAGAUGCGCAGUACAGAAAUUUGCAGAGAACAGGAAGAAAGUCACUCGGUAUCCUCCUCCUCCCUUUUAGGAAACACUAUCAUUAUUCCUUAGUUUCAUUUGUAAUGUGUUUCAUGGGACCCCAUGCAUGAAUUAAACAUGUUUUGUAUACUGGCUACAUAAUUCCAUGUAUCUGUAUUCUGAAUCCAAACAAAACAUUGUUUUUAACAUGUAAAUAAUUGAGGAGAGAAAAACAUAAGAUGAAGAGCUUUCUAUUUAUGAAAAAUAUGCCAAUAUCCUUUCUAGAAAAGAAAUACACUGUCAGCUGCUAAAUUUAUUUGCUCUUUUGUAUUGUUCUCUACUCAUUUUACCCAAGACAAAUUAAUUAAAAAAACACAGAUGUCUAAGGUGAACUGUUGGUUAUUAAUUUGAUUUUCAUUCUCCUACAAAGUUUAUUUAUAUUUUGAGGAAUGUUAGCCAGGCUGAGGUCAUGUGAGUUGUAGUGUUGUAUCUGAUAUUGAAGAGAUGCACCAAACAUCUAUAAACACGAGUAAAAUUUUCAGUGUUUCCAGUCACAUCAUUUUGACUGGUUAAAAUUGCUGUUACUGGCACAGUACUCCACAUAUAUAGGUGAGGAAGCAACAUCUGGAAUCUUUCCAAGAGGAGCCAGAAUGAUGCCUGCACCUGCUGUGGAAGAUACCAGUUAUUGCUGUAUCAUCUAUAUGAGUGGAACAUUGUGCUAGUCAUUGUGGUCAUUAGUGUUACUCCUGAUUAUGGCCCAGACAACUGUAGAAGUCAAGUAUUUAUUUUGAAAUGACUUGGCUAUAAGCCCAAGGGGAUUUUUUUCAGACAAACAACCACGAAAGAUUAUGACAACACAAAUCAUUAAAACUGUGAGCUAUGAACUGAACAUAAUGUUUUGUAUUAACUCAUUUAUUUAUGAAUAUUAGAGCAUUUCAUAUGACUGGUAGUUCAUACUUCAAGCAAUGUGUGCUGUGGUAAUGAGGCUGAGAUAAGGAAAAAGGAGCAAAUUCAUACAUUAAUACCAGUGGGAGAAUAGAGGGAGGAAGUUUGUGUGUGUGUGGGAGGGGGAUGAGUCAAAGUUAAG